UGUGUUGGAAAGAUGUCUACUUAUUAACCUUACUUAUUUUGAGUGGGCAUUCAAAUGUUGAUCCAAUUGCGAAUCCAAUUGUCUCGCUCUUCAAAAUAUCUUCUGGAAUAGAGUAUUCUGCAUGGGUCAAGAUAUAAGCCAACGUUACCUUGAGCUCAAGCAUCGCGAAUGUUUGUCCUGGGCAAGCUCUGCUACCAUAAGAGAACGGAACAUUACUGUAUGGUCUUCUUGCCUUUCCAUCAGAAGGUCUAAAGAAGUAUUUGUGCUCUGGGUCGAAUCUCUCUGGGAUGAAUUUUAGUGGCUCGAAGAAUUCUUCAGGAUCGUAAUGAAUAAUAGAAGAGUCCUUAAAGAAAGUAGUUCCCUUUUUGAAUGGGACUCCAGCAAUCUCUACAUCCUCAUAAGCAGCAUAUUCAAGAGAUUGGUAAGUUGGACAAUCAAUACGGAGAGAUUCUUUGACUACAUAAGUGAUGAUUUUUCUUCAGUUGAUACAAAAUGACGACAAGAGUGUGGGAGGUUGUCUCAGUUCCGGCUGCUAAGAACCCUAAGACAUCAAUAAAUAGUUCUUCAUAUUUGAUCUUGGGAUCUUGGAUCAAUUUGUUACAAAUAGAGUCCUCAUCUUUAGAUUCAUCUAUCAGCUUUCUUAAAGAAGCUUGAAACUCUAAUAAGUUUCUUUUAUUCCUUCUGUAA